AUGGCUGUCGACUACCGCCAUGGGAUCUCCAUCCUCGAAUUGAUCGUCUACAUUCCCACCUUGUUCACAGCCCUAUGGAUGGCCUUUCGCCACGGAUUCACACGGAGCUCAGGUUGGAUCUUCUUCGUGAUAUUCUCCUUGGCUCGGAUCAUUGGCUCCUGCUGCUACUUGGCGACUAUCAAUGAUCCUACGUCAAUCGACCUCUAUGUGGCAUGGGCAGUUUGCACUUCCAUCGGAAUCUCACCUUUAACCUGGGGCUGCAUUGGUCUAUUAUCCCGAGCUAACGACUCGAUCCAACGCAAGUCCGGCCACGCCCUGCAUCCCUUACUGUUCAAAGUGACCGGGCUGGUCACCAUCGUAGGCAUGAUCCUCGGCAUUGUGGGCCAAACCACAAGCACAAACCCGACGGAGGGCCUCUACAGCUCCAAGACCAAGGCUGGCUUGAUUCUCUACAUCAUUGCCUGGGUCGGCCUCUGCAUCCUGCUGCUCUUGAUCUCCCUCCGUUAUCAGCGCAUCGAGGAAGGGGAGCACCGCUUACUCUUGGCCGUGAGCAUCUCGAUCCCACUACUCUUCGUGCGAAUUCUCUACUCCCUGCUGUCUACUUUCACUCGGAAGGCGGAGUUCAGCUCUAUCUCUGGGAACGUGAGCAUCCAGCUGUGCAUGUCGGUUCUGGAGGAGCUGGUGAUCGUCUACGUGUGCCUGGGAAUCGGGCUCACGUUAACUGUCCGGCCCGCGUUCGAGCCGUUCCAGGCAAACAUCCAGGAUGCGUCGACCCUCGAGUCACAGCCGGAUAUGUCGAGCAUGCAGUAUGAGAGCGGGAAGCCGGGGGCCCGGUACAAGAAGCGACGCGGUGGACCUAUCACGCAGCUCGUGGGGCUUGCAAUGGAUGAAAUCAAUUACCGACGCCAAAAAUGAACCUUAGAAUGCCGGAUUUUUUGGAUACUACUAUGCUACUAGUGUCGUACUGCAUGCGAGGCACGGUACUUUAUGGUCAGG